AUGCCUGAGGUUUUUGUACAAAAAGUGAGCAGUUCUCGGGGGUACCGGAAUUGAGAAGUCUGGGGUUCCAGAAGUUGCGUGGUGGGGUAGACACGCCCUGAAAGCUCCCAGCUGCAGUACCUCUGGGGAAGAAAGGAUUGCUUAGCUCAGCGAAAAAUAGGGAGAAGUCUGGCACCGUGCUCUGCUACCCCUGGCCUUUGGUGACCCAAGGCAUGAACUUCAGUAAGCUUCUGCUCCCUCAAAUACUUAAAGAAGGGAAUCGCCCUCUUGCUAUUUCCUUGGGAAUCUUAGAGUCGUUGUUUUGAAAGAGAAACAAAAUUGCAGCAAGGGCUUUUCAGGAUAGCGAUGUUGUCUGCAGAGUAUGUUCGAAGAAUAAAAUAGUUUAGAGAAACCGACAUCGGGGAUUUGUGAAACUAGAAGUCUCCUACGUGGGUGGGAGAUCUGGGCCUUAGGGCAGACUUUGAAGAUACCUUGGUCUUCUUGUCAAACAGGGAACUAUGGAAUGAGAUGCCUGAUAGAUUUUCAGUUUUUUCAGCCUGCCUCUUUAGACAUGUUAAUAAAGUCAGUGGUUUUUCAAUUCGCUGAUUUCACUGACCAGGUGGCCGCCACUGCAACUCUGGAAGAGACCCAGUAUUGAAAAACGAGAGAGGGGUAAUUGAUAGGGGAAAAAUUGGGUGGGCUCAAGACAGAGUCCAUCUGCUUCUUCCCAGAGAUUUAUUCACUUAUUUGAUAGUUGCCAUGUAUCCACCAAAUUAGGAACUAUGGUUACAAAAUGAUUAAGAAUUAGCUCCCUGUCCUCCAGGAUGUUGCAGUCUGGUGAGAAGCAUACAAUCAAUAAAAUGUGGUAACCACUCAGAAAUGUAGUAUCAAGUCAACGUCAUUGUUAAUUCACAUUCGAUCACACACAGAUCAAAGUAUUUCUUUUUUUUUCUUUUUUUUUUGUAUUUUUAGUAGAGACAAGGUUUCACUGUUAGCGAGGAUGGUCUCGAUCUCCUCACCUCGUGAUUCGCCCGCCUUUGCCUCCCAAAGUGCUGGGAUUACAGGCCUGAGCCACCGCGCUGGGCAGAUGAAUGUAUUUCUAAGUUGCCUUCCAAAUGAGGGAACAUCAACUUGUGUAAGCCCUCUCUACGGACUUAAAAUAUAAUGCUUUGUUUUAGGGAAAUGAAAACAGUCAUUUUAUGGGAGUAGAAAUAACUCAAAAUACACAAUCAGAUAACUUGUUUCAAUUUGUCUCUAUAUUAGCUGUAGGAUCCUAGGAAAGUCCUUUAACUUUGCAGGGCUUUGGCCGGGCGCGGUGGCUCACGCUUCUAAUCCCAGCACUUUGGGAGGCCGAGGCGGGCGGAUCACGAGGUCAGGAGAUCGAGACCACGGUGAAACCCCGUCUCUACGGAAAAAUACAAAAAAUUAGCCAGGCGUGGUGGCGGGCGCCUGUAGUCCCAGCUACUCGGAGAGGCUGAGGCAGGAGAAUGGCGUGAACCCGGGAGGCGGAGCUUGCAGUGAGCCGAGAUCGCGCCACUGCACUCCAGCCUGGGUGACAGAGCAAGACUCCGUCUCAAAAAAAAAAAAAAAAACUUUGCAGGGCUUCAGCUCCUCGUUUGUAAAAUCUGCUUAUUUGACUGUUAUGCACAGAAUUGAGAUAACCAACCGAAAGGACUUUAUGAAUUACGCAAGUGUUAUAGUUACCAUUUUCUUCAUGUCUUAUUGUGAGAUAAUAAAAUAGGCCGGGCGCAGUGGCUCACGCCUGUAAUCCCAGCACAUUGGGAGGCCCAGGCGGGAGGAUCACCUGAGGUCCAGAGUUUGAGACCACACUGACCAACAUGGAGAAACCCCGUCUCUACUAAAAAUACAAAAUUAGCCGGGAGUGGUAGCGCAUGCCUGUAAUCCCAGCUACUCGGGAGGCUGAGACAGGAGAAUUGCUUGAACCCAGAAGGCGGAGGUUGCGGUGAGUCGAGAUCGCGCCAUUGCACUCCAGCCUAGGCAACAAGAGCGAAAAUCCGUCUCAAAAAAUAAAAUAUUAAAUGGCCCAACUUGGUGGCUUACGCCUGUAAUCCCACCACUUUGAGAGGCCGAGGCGGGCGGAUCACCUGAGGUCAGAAGUUCGAGACCAGCCUGACCAACAUGGAGAAACCCCGUCUCUACUAAAAAUACAAAAAUUAGCUGGGCGUGGUGGCACAUGCCUGUAAUCCCAGCUACUUGGGAGGCUGAGGCAGAAGAAUCGCUUGAACCCGGGAGGCAGAGGUUGCGGUAAGUCGAGAUCGCGCCAUUGCACUCCAGCCUGGGCAACAAGAGAGAAACUCCAUCUCAAAAAAUAAAUAAAUUAGUUAAUUAAAAAAUAAAAAUAAAUGAUUUUAUCAUCCUUCCCUCGCCCCUCGAAAGGUGGGGACAGCCUUUAAGACACAGAGCAAACCAGUUUUCUCUGUUCGACUACAGACCUUUAGGAUCUUGGAUUUAAGAAAAUGACCUCAAAAUGUCCGUCAGAGAUGUAUUCCCAGGAAGAAAGAUAUGACUUCUACUACAAACCAAAUCAAAAGGAAAUUAAAUUCCAAUGCAACAAGGAAUGAAAUGCCACGCCUACGGGCUGUUCUCUAAACUGCAGCCUCCAGCCACGACUGCAACCCGCAACCCACUCAUUUCUCAUGAGUCAGCGGACACCAUGUCUGGGAGGACCGAGGAAAGGCGCUCUGGCCGUACCAGACACGUCGGACGUCUAUGACACAGCCCCUCUAUCCGUUGCCGGCAGCUGGCGCCAGACUCUCUGGUCGCGGUUUGGAACUCUGCGCGGGAAGUGGGUGGUGGGCGGGCAAGCGGUAGUGGGUUGUCCCUUGGAGCUGCCCAAUCGACGUGCAUUAUUCUGUUGGCGCACGGCUGCCUUCAAUUACCGUCUCAUUACCUGAUCUCAGCAGCCUGGGAGACACCACCCAUUUGAGCUGUAAGGAGGGCGGGGCUUUGGGUGUGCCUCCGCUCGACUGGCUGCGGCUUUGAAAGACAGCGGCAGGAGCCAAUCAGCAAAUCGGCUCUUUUUCGGCACACGCAGUCGCUCCACCCGGGUCGCGACCGUUACUGGUGGCGCGCGCGGAGACUUAAAGUAGAUCAUGGAGGACACCCAGGCUAUUGACUGGGAUGUUGAAGAAGAGGAGGAGACAGAGCAAUCCAGUGAAUCCUUGAGGUGUAACGUGGAGCCAGUAGGGCGGCUACAUAUCUUUAGUGGUGCCCACGGACCAGAAAAAGAUUUCCCACUACACCUCGGGAAGAAUGUGGUAGGCCGAAUGCCUGACUGCUCUGUGGCCCUGCCCUUUCCAUCUAUCUCCAAACAACAUGCAGAGAUUGAAAUCUUAGCCUGGGACAAGGCACCUGUCCUUCGAGACUGUGGGAGCCUUAAUGGUACUCAAAUCCUGAGACCUCCUAAGGUUUUGAGCCCUGGGGUGAGUCACCGUCUGAGGGACCAGGAAUUGAUUCUCUUUGCUGACUUGCUCUGCCAAUACCAUCGCCUGGAUGUCUCUCUGCCCUUUGUCUCCCGGGGCCCUCUGACAGUAGAAGAGACACCCAGGGUACAGGGAGGAACUCAACCCCAGAAGCUUCUGUUGGCUGAGGACUCGGAGGAGGAAGUAGAUUUUCUUUCUGAAAGGCGUGUGGUAAAAAAAUCAAGGACCACAUCUUCCUCUGUGAUAAUUCCAGAGAGUGAUGAAGAGGGUCAUUCCCCUGUCCUGGGCAGCCUUGGACCGCCUUUUGCCUUCAAUUUGAACAGUGACACAGAUGCGGAAGAAGGUCAGCAACCAGCCACAGAGGAGGCCUCCUCAGCUGCCAGAAGAGGUGCCAUUAUAGAGGCAGAGCAGUCUGAAGCUGAAGUUGUAACUGAAAUCCAGCUUGAAAAGGAUCAGCCUUUAGUGAAGGAGGGGGACGAUGACACAAAAGUCAAGAGGGGUGCAGGGAAUGGAGUGGUUCCAGCUGGGGUGAUUCUGGAGAGGAGCCAACCUCCUGAAGAGGACAGUGACACAGAUAUGGAUGAUGACAGCAGGCCUCCUGGAAGGCCAGCUGAGGUCCAUUUGGAAAGGGCUCAGCCUUUUGGCUUCAUCGACAGCGACACUGAUGCGGAAGAAGAGGGGAUCCCAGCAACCCCAGUUGUCAUUCCUAUGAAGAAAAGGAAGAUCUUCCAUGGAGUUGGUACAAGGGGUCCUGAAGCACCAGGCCUGGCCCAUCUGCAGGAGAGCCAGGCUGGUAGUGAUACAGAUGUGGAGGAAGACAAGGACAAGGCCCCACAGGCUGUCCCUCUGGAGAAAAGCCAAGCUUCCAUGGUUAUCAACAGUGAUACAGAUGAUGAGGAAGAAGUCUCAGCAGCACUGACUUUGGCACGUCUGAAAGAGAGCCAGCCUGCUAUAUGGAACAGAGAUGCAGAAGAGGACAUGGCCCAACGUGUGGUCCUUCUGCAGCAAAGCCAAACCACCACUGAGAGAGACAGUGACACAGAUGUGGAAGAGGAAGAGCUCCCAGUGGAAAAUAAAGAAGCUGUCCUCAAGGGUCACACAAAGAUUAGAGCCCUUGUUAGAGCACAUUCAGAAAAGGACCAACCUCCUUUUGGGGACCGUGAUGACAGUGUGGAAGCAGAUAAGAGCUCACCUGGGAUCUACCUGGAGAGAAGCCAAGCCUCCACCACAGUGGACAUCAACACACAAGUGGAGGAGGAAGUCCCGCCAGGGUCAGCCAUUGUACAUAUAAAGAAACAUCAGGUGUCUGUGGAGGGGACAAAUCAAACAGAUGUGAAAGCAGUUGGAGGACCAGCAAAGCUGCUUGCGGUAUCUCUAGAGGAAGCCUGGCCUCUGCAUGGGGACUGUGAAACAGAUGCGGAGGAGGGCACCUCCUUAGCAGCCUCAGCAGUUGCAGAUGUAAGAAAGAGCCAGCUUCCAGCAGAAGGGGAUGCUGGGGCACAGUGGGCUGCAGCUGUUCUUAAGCAGGAGAGAGCUCAUGAGGUGGGGGCCCAGGGUGGGCCACCUGUGGCACAAGUGGAGCGGGACCUCCCUAUCUCAAGACAGAACCUCACAGAUGUGGUGGUGGACACAGACACUCCAGGGGAAUCCACCCAGCCACAGAGAGAGGGAGCCCAGGUCCCCACAGGAAGGGAGAGAGAACAACAUGUAGGUGGGACCAAGGACUCUGAAGACAACUGUGGUGAUUCUGAAGAUCUGGACCUACAGGCUACCCAAUGCUUUCUGGAGAAUCAGGGCCUGGAAGUCCAGAGCAUGGAGGAUGAACCUACCCAGGCCUUCAUGUUGACUCCACCCCAAGAGCUUGGCCCUUCCCAUUGCAGCUUCCAGACAACAGGCCUCCUGAAUUGCAAGAUGCCACCUGCUGAGAAGGCUUCCAGGAUCAGAGCUGCUGAGAAGGCUUCCAGCGGCGAUCAGGAAUCUCCAGAUGCUUGUCUGCCUCCUACAGUGCCUGAAGCUCCAGCCCCACCCCAAAAGCCCCUUAACUCUCAGAGCCAGAAACAUCUUGCACCUCAGCCCCUUCUUUCUCCCCUUUUACCUUCUAUCCAGCCAACCGUUCGUAAGACCAGGCAAUAUGGGAGUCAGGAAGCUCCAGAGACUCGCUUGUCCUCAGAGCUGGAGCCUUUCCACCCAAAGCCUAAAAUCAUAACUCGGAAGUCCUCCAGGAUGACACCCUUUCCAGCUACCUCUGCUGCCCCUGAGCCCCACCCUUCCACCUCCACAGCCCAGCCAGUCACUCCCAAGCCCACAUCUCAGGCCACUAGGAGCAGGACAAAUAGGUCCUCUGUCAAGACCCCUGAACCAGUUGUCCCCACAGCCCCUGAGCUCCAGCCUUCCACCUCCACAGACCAGUCUGUCACCUCUGAGCCCACAUCUCAGGCUACUAGGGGAAGAAAAAAUAGAUCCUCUGUCAAGACCCCUGAAACAGUUGUCCCCACAGCCCCUAAGCUCCAGCCUUCCACCUCCACAGACCGACUUGCCACCCCCAAGCCCACAUCUCGGUCCACUAGGAGCAGGACAAAUAUGUCCUCUGUCAAGACCCCUGAAACAGCUGUCCCCACAGCCCCUGAGCUCCAGCCUUCCACCUCCACAGACCAACCUGUCACCCCUAAGCCCACAUCUCGGACCACUAGGAGCAGGACAAAUAUGUCCUCUGUGAAAAUCCCUGAAUCAACUGUCCCUAUAGCCCCUGAGCUCCCGCCUUCCACCUCCACAGAGCAGCCUGUCACCCCUGAGCCCACAUCUCAGGCUACUACGGGAAGAAAAAAUAGGUCCUCUGUCAAGACCCCUGAAACAGUUGUCCCCACAGCCCCUAAGCUCCAGCCUUCCACCUCCACAGAGCAGCCUGUCACCCCUGAGCCCACAUCUCAGGCUACUACGGGAAGAAAAAAUAGGUCCUCUGUCAAGACCCCUGAAACAGUUGUCCCCACAGCCCCUAAGCUCCAGCCUUCCACCUCCACAGACCAGCCUAUCACUCCUGAGCCCAUAUCUCAGGCUACUAGGGGAAGAAAAAAUAGGUCCUCUGUCAAGACCCCUGAAACAGUUGUCCCCACAGCCCCUAAGCUCCAGCCUUCCACCUCCACAGACCAGCCUAUCACUCCUGAGCCCACAUCUCAGGCUACUAGGGGAAGAAAAAACAGAUCCUCUGUCAAGACCCCUGAAACAGUUGUCCCCACAGCCCCUAAGCUCCAGCCUUCCACUUCCACAGACCAACCUGUCACUCCUGAGCCCACAUCUCAGGCCACCAGGGGCAGGACAAAUAGGUCCUCUGUCAAGACCCCUGAAACAGUUGUCCCCACAGCCCCUGAGCUCCAGCCUUCCACCUCCACAGACCAUCUUGUUAUCCCUGAGCCCACAUCUCAGGCUACUAGGGGAAGAACAGAUAGAUCCUCUGUCAAGACUCCUGAAACAAUUGUCCCCACAGCCCCUGAGCUCCAGGCUUCUGCCUCCACAGACCAGCCUGUCACCUCCAAGCCCACAUCUCGGACCACUAGGGGAAGAAAAAAUCAGUCCUCUGUCAAGACCCCUGAAACAGUUGUGCCCACAGCCCCUGAGCUCCAGCCUUCCACCUCCACAGACCGACCUGUCACCUCUGAGCCCACAUCUCAGGCCACUAGGGGCAGGACAAAUAGGUCCUCUGUCAAGACCCCUGAAUCAAUUGUCCCUAUAGCCCCUAAGCUUCAGCCUUCUACCUCCAGAAACCAGCUUGUCACCCCUGAGCCCACAUCUCGGGCCACUAGGGGCAGGACAAAUAGGUCCUUUGUCAAGACUCCUGAACCAGUUGUCCCCACAGCCCCUGAGCCCCAUCCUACCACCUCCACAGACCAGCCUGUCACCCCCAAGCUCACAUCUAGGGCCACUAGGAGAAGGACAAAUAGGUCCUCUGUCAAGACUCCCAAACCAGUUGAACCAGCAGCCUCUGAUCUUGAGCCUUUUACUCCCACAGACCAGCCUGUCAUCCCUGAGGCCAUAGCUCAGGGUGGUCAGAGCAAAACACUGAGGUCUUCCACAGUAAGAGCUAUGCCAGUUCCUACCACCCCUGAAUUCCAAUCUCCUGUCACCACAGACCAGCCUAUUUCCCCUGAGCCUAUUCCUCAACUCAGUUGCAUCAAGAGGCAGAGAGCCACGGGGAAUCCUGGCUCCCUCGCAGCUCCCAUUGACCAUAAGCCUUGCUCUGCACCCUUGGAACCUAAAUCCUGGGCCUCAAGGAACCAAAGAUGGGAAGCAGUGAGAGCAGCUGAAUCCCUUACAGCCAUUCCUGAGCCUGCCUCUCCCCAGCUUCUUGAGACACCAACUCAUGCCUCCCAGAUCCAAAAAGUGGAACCAACAGGUAGAUCUAGGUUCACCCCGGAGCUCCAGCCUAAGGCCUCUCAAAGCCGCAAGAGGUCUUUAGCUACCAUGGAUUCACCACUACAUCAGAAACCGCCCCAAAGAUGGGAAGUCUCCCAGAAGACAGUGAUUAUCAAGGAAGAGGAAGAAGAUACUGCAGAGAAGCCAGGGAAGGAAGAGGAUGUCGUGACUUCAAAACCAGGCAAGAGAAAGAGAGACCAGGCAGAGGAGGAGCCCAACAGAAUACCAAGCCGCAGCCUCCGACGGACCAAACUUAACCAAGAAUCAACAGCCCCCAAAGUGCUCUUCACAGGAGUGGUGGAUGCUCGGGGAGAGCGGGCUGUGCUGGCACUGGGGGGAAGUCUGGCUUGUUCAGCGGCAGAGGCUUCCCACCUGGUCACUGAUCGCAUCCGCAGGACAGUCAAGUUCCUGUGUGCCGUGGGGCGGGGAAUCCCCAUUCUCUCCCUGGACUGGCUGCAUCAGUCCCGCAAGGCUGGUUUUUUCUUACCCCCGGAUGAAUAUGUGGUGACCGACCCUGAGCAAGAGAAGAACUUUGGCUUUAGCCUUCAAGACGCACUGAGCCGGGCUCGGGAACGAAGGCUGCUAGAGGGCUAUGAGAUCUAUGUGACCCCUGGAGUCCAGCCACCACCACCUCAGAUGGGAGAGAUCAUUAGCUGCUGUGGAGGCACAUACCUACCCAGCAUGCCUCGGUCCUAUAAGCCUCAGAGAGUUGUGAUCACAUGCCCUCAGGACUUCCCUCGUUGUUCUGUUCCACUGCGGGUUGGGCUGCCGCUCCUGUCGCCUGAGUUCCUGCUGACUGGAGUGCUGAAGCAGGAAGCCAAGCCAGAGGCCUUUGUCCUUUACCCUUUGGAGAUGUCAUCCACCUGAGAACUCCACUACCCUUUUCCCUCCCAGACCACGAAUUAGAAGAUAUGUGGAAGAAAGAACUCAGGUCGUUAGAAAGGAUUGGGGUAUAUUGAUACAACUUGUCCUGGAACAUGGGUGGGACCAGAAAUCUUUAUGAAUAAAUGAAAAGAUAAGGGAUUUGGAAGCCACAGGUUUUUUGUUUGUUUGUUUUUUUAAUGGCCAUUUUAUUUUAUUUGUAUUUAUAGUUUUUUAUUUGUAUAGAUUUAGGGGAUACAAGAUUUCUUACAUGCAUGUAUUAAAUGGCCAUUUUAAAAUUAGCUAGUUUCAUGCUCAGAUGUCAUAAGUGGCAGCUAUCUUUAGCCAGACUGUUGCAGUUAUUGCUCGACGCCACUCGUGUCCUACCUCCUAUUUGGAAACCAUCUCUAUUGUUUUCUUACUGAGAUUCUUAUUUUGGGGUCAGGAACUUGAAGGGAUGCUUGGAGUGAGUAGAUCUGAGGGUCCAGUUAUGGAGUGCUACUAAAACAUUUUCUUCUCUCCUGGCCUCUGGAAGCAUCUUUAGCUUUGACUUUGGGCAAGUCUCUGUACUUUUCUGGCCAGCUUUUCCAGGAUUUAUAAAAUUAGAGCUUCGGCUUAACCUCUGUGAUAAAUAAAUAUUCACUCUGUGCCUUA